ACAAAUAAAUACAAGUGGUCAGUAUUUGUUGAAUACUUCAACAUGCUACCUAUUCUGGGAAGGUUUUUGUUGCUCAAUCGAAUCAAUAACAAAAUGUUGAGAAGAUGUUUCUUUACAGUAUCAUCUGGGAUGAAAUAUCCAAAACUACAGUUCCACUUUCAGAACAUGUCAACUCCAUCUAUUUUACAUGCAGCUAAUUAUUCAAGAGAAAUGCAUGAAGCUGUUUAUGCACCACCUGAUGCAGAGUUUUACAAAAGUGUACUUACUGAAGUGGAUCAUAGCACGUCUUUUGAUUCUGAAAAGACUACAGAGGAUGUUUGGUUUGAAAUCUUCAGAGAAGAAGGAAGUCAAUUGGUCAAUGUCGGUAAAUUUCUAGCAGCAUUACAGGUAACUGGCUUAAGAAAGAAUGAUCCCAGAUUGAAAGAAUUUUACAGUACCAUGAGAAAACUGAAAAUAUCAGACUAUGAAGAUCGGCCUUCAGAGACAGUGUUAAUUGAUAGAAAUUCAUUUAAGAGCUUGAUCUCUACAAAUUUGGAACUUAUAUCACAAGCAUUAAGGCAUAACUUUGUCAUUCCAGACUUUCCAGGAUUUACAAAACGUAUUGAACAGAUAUUCUGGAAAUGCAAAGAUAACAUUAGUGGACAUGUGGCUUCGUACAUCCCACAACUAGCAAGAAUGAGUCCAGACUACUGGGGAGUUAGUGUAUGUACAGUUGAUGGCCAAAGGUUUUCCCUGGGUGACACUAAUAUACCUUUUACUAUUCAGUCAUGCAGUAAACCGCUGAGCUAUGGGAUAGCGCUAGACAAUCUCGGACAACAGACUGUGCAUCAGUAUGUGGGACACGAGCCGAGUGGCAGAAUUUUCAAUGAGCUCAUCCUUGACAACUAUAAAAAACCACAUAAUCCCAUGAUUAAUGCUGGUGCCAUUCUUGUGUGUUCCCUCUUGAAAACUUUGGUAAAACCAGAUUUGACUGCAGCAGAGAAAUUUGACUUUACAAUGGACUACUAUAAGAGAUUGGCUGGAGGAGAACAUUUGGGGUUCAACAAUGCAACAUUCCUGUCAGAGAGAGAAGCAGCUCAUCGCAACUACGCUCUGGCACACUACAUGAGAGAACACAACUGUUACCCACCCAAGACAAACCUGCAAGAAUGUUUAGAUUUUUAUUUUCAGAUUUGUUCACUGGAGGUGAGCUGUGAAAGCAUGUCAGUAAUAGCGGCUACUCUGGCCAACAGUGGUGUCUGCCCUACCACAGAAGACCCUGUGUUGUUUCCGGAUUCCAUCCAUGAUGUCCUUUCUCUCAUGCACAGUUGUGGGAUGUAUGAUUACUCUGGCCAGUUUGCAUUUAAGGUUGGAUUACCAGCUAAAUCAGGUGUCUGUGGAGGGAUGCUGAUAGUGAUUCCCAAUGUGAUGGGAAUCUGUACAUGGUCCCCACCUCUCGAUCAGUUAGGCAACAGCUGUCGAGGAGUUCAGUUCUGUGAAGAAAUGGUGAGAGUUUUCAACUUCCAUAGAUUUGACAACCACAAACACAAUUCAAACAAGAAAGAUCCUCAGCGGCACAAGUACGAGACUCACGGUCUCAAUAUUGUGAAUCUGUUGUUUACUGCUGCAAGAGGGGACUAUGAAGCUCUGUGCAGAUACAGACUGUCUGGUAUGAAUAUGGCACUGGCAGAUUACGAUGGUCGGACUUCAUUACAUCUAGCUGCAGCUGAAGGACACUAUGACUGUGUAGUCUUCCUGGUGGAGCAGUGUGGAGUACCUAUAAACUCUAAAGACAGAUGGGGAAAAACUGCUCUGGAUGAAGCAAUUUUCUCUGGUCACAACAAAGUGGCACAGUUUCUGGAGGAUUGGGAGAAGAACAGUUCAGCUGAAAGCGAAGUUAAAGAAAUGCAAUGACUUUGUGCACUCACAUUCCACUGUUUUCUGUCCAUUUUAAACAUUUAAACAUCUGAAAAAACACAAAAAUGUGUGUAAUACAUCUAACAAAUCAUCUUUAUUUUAAUAUUUUUACGUUCAAUGAUUUUUUUCCGUGAAUCUUUUCACUGUUGUGAAAAAUUAAGUACUCUCCAACACCUAUAUUGAAAAUUAAUCUUUUAAAUUAUGUUAAUUUUGUUUACUGUGUUUCAAUUUCCAUCCAUAAAUUUGUUAUAUCAAACAAAGUUUGUCAGAUCAUGUGUUUUAUAAAAGGCUUCACUAAUUUUCAAAGCCAUGGAUGUUUCUCAAUGGCAUCUUACUGAGAUAUGGUUUAUCCCUUUGUCUAAACAGCUGCCUUGACCGACUUUCUGUAAAAAUGUACCAAAAGUUACCCUGUAAUGAUACCAAAGAUAUAUCCCCCUCCCCGCUGUUUAGAGGCCAUGAGUUUAUUGUAGAUGGCAUUCUGGUUAUAUCAGGAACACUCUAUAGAGCAGUGCUUGUGAAAAAGUGGACAUCAUGAAAUCCUGCCAGGGAUGUUGCGGUUGAGUGACAAUGAUUAACAAAAUAAGAAUCUUAAAAUGCUAUGAAUGUACUUGUUGAUUAUAAUUGCAAAACAAAUAUUAAUGAAAAUUUAGCCAUGUGAAGCUGGCGGUACUUUAUUUCAAAAAAUACUUUGUAGCUAAUUGCAAUCGUUUGUUUAGAUAUUUGCACCAUUUGUUUGGUGUUCAUGUACAAAAUAUUAAAAAAACCUUGUGGGUGCCCCUAGAUUUACACACAUAAACUGAAUGAAAUGUUUUACAUGUCGAUUUAGGUCUUUAUGUUACAAACAAAACUUAGAGCAUUAUUUAAAGAAAAUUUAGAAUUAUUUUUAUAAACUUGUUGUGAAUGUUUGAGUUAGGAAUUUUUCACUUAUUAUCAGUAAGUAACCUAUUUGUAAAUCGUGACAUUAAUCACUGGAACUAUGAUAAUUUUUUUAUUAUUCUAUUGUAUUACUAAAUAUCUAUAUGACGUAAUCCCAGCUAUAGAAUACACAUCAUCAAACCAGUGACCGUUGAAACCAAAGUAAUAACAACUAAACAAUUCACACGAAAAACUAGUAGAAAUGUCUUUUAGUGUUUAUUUUGCUAUUUUUACCUAAUGAAACAAAAAAAAUAGUAGUAUUUUUAGUUUCUGUUCAAUAUUUCUGUAUGACAUAUUCAAAAAUAUUCUAGAUUACUAGUGGCACCCAAACAAAACUAACCAAAAUUUGUAUCGUUUUUUGAAUCUUCAAGAUCACAAAUUUCGUAGAAGUGGCAUCACUUGCAGGGACAAAACAAUACUUAAAUAUUUUACAAAUUAAUGUCAAACAAUCGCUGCUAAUAGAUAAACAAAUGAUUCCAAUGUAUUUCAAAGUAUUAUUUCAAAUGGGUGGCACCAGCUUUACAUGACUCUGGAAAUUGAAUUAUUUUGAAUUCAGAUGGAUAGUUCAAUAAAAUAAGAGGCUAUAUUAUGUUUUCUUUGAUUUGGAAUCCAACAUUUGAUUCACUUCUUGAUUGUUGUUUUGAUAUUUUAAAAAUAUUGUUCCAUGAAAUUCUGAAUGAAUUUGUAGGUAUACUUUAUUGCACUUUUUAAUUAGAUGCUUCUUUCUUAUGGCAGUGGUAUAAGUCGAAAGUCUUUUUAUUAUCGUUUGAAGCUCCUAAAUUACUUUCUAACUGAUCAUUAUUAUUAAAGAAUGUUUCAUUAUAUGUAUCCAACAUAAUGCCUUUAUUUAAAUGUUUUAAAAUACGUCCUUAAAAAUAUUUUAAAGUGUGAAUUAAAUUGAUUUAUUUCUA